UAAUUAAAUAUGCAGCAAGAUGACAAAAAGAAAGGUGACUCCACUAAACUUGAUACCAUUGUAACUAUUACAAUUUAACUUAGAAAAUUAUGAAUGGUUUCUCUGAUAAGGAAUGGAACAACUUAGACAAAAUUGAAAGAAUUGAACUUACACUUGAAGACUUUGGCAGAAUGAAUGUCAUUUAUGUUUUCAAAAACUUAAAAUCAUUAACAUUAAUUAAUGUUGGUAUUACUCUUAUUGAAGUAUUUAUUCAUUCUUUAAAUUAGGGAUUAGAUGAUUUAAAUAGAUUAGAAGAAUUAAAUCUUAAUGAAAAUUAAAUUGUAAAGCUAACUGGUUUAAAAGGAACAACUAAUUUAAAAGCCCUCUAUAUUUCUCAUAAUGCUAUUCAAAAAUUAGAAGGAUUAGAAUAAUUGACUAAAUUAGAAACAUUAUGGCUUUGUGAUAAUAAAAUCGAUACAAUUUAAAAUCUAGAUUAAUUACAAAAUCUAAAAUAACUCUGGUUGGCUGCAAAUUCUAUCAGCAACUUAAGAACCUCUUUAGAUAAAUUAAAAAGUUUGUAUGAUUUAAACAUUAGUGGUAAUAAAAUAUGCAGUUUCAAAGAAGCUUUGAAUUUGAAUCGUUUACCAAACCUUAAAGUUUUGGCUUUUUAUGAUCCUCAUUUUGGAGAUAAUCCUAUUUGUAAUCUUUGUAAUUAUUAAACCUAUGUCCUUUAUCAUUUAAGAAAUAUUUUUAAAUUAGAUACUCUUAUGAUAUCAGAUGAUUAAAAAUCAUUUGCAGAAGGAACUUUCAUGAAAAAAAAAAUGUAUUAUAAUAUGAGAAUAAAAACUAUGCAGAGAACUUUUUCAACUUUAUGUAAAUUAUUGAAAAAAGGUAAAAAAAUAAAAACUGAUUCCUUAUGUGAAGAUAUAUCUAAUUUAAAUAUUAAAUUAGCUUGGGAAUAAGAUAAGGAGAAAUAAUAGAUUUUAGAAAAUAAGUAAGAAGAAUAUGAAAAUCAAAAUGAGAUUUAUAAUAGCAUAAAAAAGAAAGUAUAUGAGUAUUGCAAUUAAAGCAUACAUAAAUUAAUAACAGAAUUAGAAACAGGAGGUAAUAUCCGAUUGGAAGAAGGAAAAACAAAUGAAAAGUGGUAUGUUUCUUGUGUUGAUCUUAUAAACUCAAGAUUCCAUGCAGAAAACAUGGGAAAAUACGGCAUUAAAGAUAUACAAAUAAAAAGAGUUGUAAGAAUUCAUAAUAAAUUCAUUCGAAAUAAAUUUGAAGAAAAAAUGGAAUCAUUAGUUGAUGUUUCAAAUCAAAGUCACAAAAAGUCUUUAGAGUAUCUUUUCUAUGGGGUUGAUCCUAACUUUCCAUCGGAGAUAUAUAAUGUAAUAGAGGAAGGAUUUAGAAGUUGUCAAGUAAAUAAAUAAAUAAUUUAAAGGAGUCUCAAUCUAUAGGAUUAAGUUCUUAUACUCCUUUGGUUAAUAGUAUAUUGAGUGCUGAUGCUUCAAGAAUUCAGUAUCUUUUGAAUGGGCAAGAACAUCAAUAAAAAUUAAGUAAAAGAUUUAUAAAAAGAAGGUAUAUUUUAAAUUAAUAUUAGAUUAUAUUAUUAAAAAUAUAAUAUAAUACCACCUGGAGUGAUUCUUAUUUGUAAAGUUUUAAUGAUUAAAUCAGUAGCAGAUUCAAAAUAUCCUUACUUUAAUCCAGAAAAACCAUGGAGUGAGAUGUUUUAAAAAUUUCCUGUAGAUGGUAAAUAAUAUUAAGAUGAAUACACUGUUUAUAGAGUAAUGGAAAAUGAUCCUAAACAUAAAUUGUGGUUUGUUUUAGAUAACAAUCUUGUACUGCCUGAAUAUUUUGCUGAAUUUGAAUAUGUAAUGUAAUCGCCUCUUUAAAAUAAAAUUGCUGAUUUUGGAUCUGCUUUGGGAGUUCUUGAAACAGAGGAGGAUAAUUUCAUAACUCCUGCAAAUAUUAAUAAAUACAAAGAUACUUUAAAUGAUUUGUAUAAUCAAUUAGCUGAUGAUUUAAAUAGUUAUUAAUUUGAGAAUCUUGAAGAAUAUCCAACUUAUGAAUUAAAGGCAUAAGAUUUAGAUAGAUCAGAAAGUGCAUCUCUUAAACCUGCUUUAGUUAAUUAUUUUAAAUACUGUUUAAGUAGAUCAACACUUUAUGAAUUAAAUCCAAAUUUAGUUGGAACUCCAAAUUUAAAUGAAAUCUUAAAAAACUAAACUUAAUUUUUAAAUUUAAGUAAUUGCUCUGUUUAAGAUGUAACAUUUGUCAAAGGAUAAUUUCACACUCUCAUACUUAGUUAUAAUAAAAUUAGCAAUAUAACAGGUUUGAAUGAAUUACCAAAUUUAGUUAGACUUGAUUUAUCACAUAAUGAAAUAUGUAAUCUAAAUGGUUUACAAAACUUAAAUCAUUUAGAAGUGUUAGAUUUGACUCACAAUAAUAUUACAGAUGUUGAUUAAAUAGUAAUUCUAAAAUAGAACUAAGCAUUGAAAUAUUUAUGCGUUGUUUUUAAUCCAAUAAAUGAAUACAAAGAAACCAGAAAAGAAAUAGUUAUGAUCUUAAAUAGUUUGUCAUUCUUAGAUCAUCUUCCUAUUACUGAAGAAGAUAGAGAACCUGCAACUAAUUAAAAAAUAUUAAUCACUAAUGGAAUGUUGUAAACCUUCAGCAAAGUUUAGAAUGAUUGGAAAUAGCACAUUCAAUCAGUUAUGAUUACUCACUAAAAAUUAAGUAGUAUGAAAGGCUUAGAAGGUCUUGUAUAAUUGAGACACUUGAAUUUAGGUCAUAAUAAAAUCACCUAAAUUACAUCAAUCUAGGAUUCAGUUCUACUUGAAGAACUUAAUUUAGAAAAAAAUGCUAUUAUUUAAAUUCAAGAAUUAGACAAUAUGUAAUAUUUAAAGAAAUUAGAAUUAGGUGGCAAUAAGAUAUUUUAGAUUGAUGGCAUAUCUAAUUUAAUUAAUCUUAUGUAAUUGUCUCUUGAAGAUAAUGCAAUUCUUAAUCUUAAAGAUUUUCCAGACUUAAAAAGUUUAAUGGAAAUUUAUUUAGGAAAUAAUAAUAUAACAAAUUAAAAAGAAGUUAAUAACAUUAAACAUUUAUAAAAACUUAUCAUCUUAGAUUUAUCAGGCAAUCCUUUUGCUAGAGAUACUAAUUAUAGAUCUUAUGUACUUUAUAUUAUUCCAAAAUUAAAAGUCUUAGAUGGAAUUUCCAUAGAAGCUUCUGAAUAAUAGAUGGCUAAAAAUCUAUAUACUGGUCGUUUAACUGAAGAGAUACUCUUCUCUAGACUUUAAGGUCAGUCUGCCAAUAAAAUAACAGAACUUUGUUUACAAAAUUGUGAAUUAAGAGAUUUUGAUGAUGUUUUUAAUGUUUAAUCUUUUCCAUAGUUAGUAGAAUUAGAUCUAAGUUAAAAUCUAUUUACAUCAACAAAAAUGCUAGGAUUCUUACCUCAAUUAAAAAUAUUAAUAUUAGCAUCUAAUAAGAUUGAAACUUUAUUAUGCCCUACUGAUAUUAAUUAAAAAAAAGGAUUAAAUGGAUGUUAGUAAUUGUAGAUUUUAGAUGUUUCAUAGAAUUGUUUGAAAGAAUUUAAUGGAUUGCAAUAUUGUUUAUUAAAAGAUUUAAAAAUUAUGAAAUGUGAAAAAAAUGAAAUUAUUCGAGUUGACUUUUUGGAAAAUCUAAAAUAAUUAAAAGAAUUAGAUUUAAAUUAAAAUAAGGUUAGAUAAUUUGAUCCAUAGUCAUUUAUUGGAUAAAACCCAAUUAAAUGUUUAAAAAUAGAUGGCAAUGGAUUAAAGAAUUUUCAGAAUAUUUAAAAGCUAUUUAAAUUACUUGUAUAGAUUUAUUUAAAUUUAAGCAUCUGUUUGCUAAUUCAAAUAGAAUAAAUGAUUUGCCAGACAUAGAACAUUUAGUUGCUCUAACAUAACUCAAAGAAUUAGAACUUGUAGGAAAUUCUUUAAGUAGACGACCAGGGUAUAGAUAAAUGGUUUUAAGAAAGUUGCCCACUGUUUUAUAUCUCGAUGGCAGAGUAAAAAAAAAGAUUAAUAUAAAUAUAAUAGGAAGUAACAUAAGAGGAAAGAGAAAGAUUAGAACUUGUAGAUAGACAGACUGUACUACCGUAAAUGUAGAUUUAAUAGUAACCUAAUACUAAAGUACCAGUUAAAUUAAGUUCAAUCAACUUUGAUGGAAUCUUCAGUAAAUGA